AUGCUUUUAUUGCUUGUCCUUGGUCUUACUGGGGUUCUUGCAACCCGCCAUACAACCCUAACCCAAGGCCAUAGCCCAGAAAAAUCCACCGACAUCCUGCCAAGCAUCUACAAAGCCUGCUGGGCCAAAUGCGAUAACAACCUCGGCACCAAAACAUCGCAAAAAGCGGUCGUAAAUAUGAUUUCCAGUGACAACGUCAAGCUGUCAGAUUUUUGCUGGCCCUACGACGAGGCCAGGAAGUGUGCCAAAGCCUGCGUGACAGAAGAGGAUCAAGAGGAGUUUUUAGAGCCCUUUUACCGCCGCAACUACUUGGCUGAAUUCAUUUGCUACAAACAUGUCGACCAAUUUGAGAUCUACAUGCCGUGCUAUCAGAACAAGACGACGCUCGAGUUUUUGUUCGACCAUUGCCGCUAUUUUCAUUUGAGCGACAGUACAGCACUGAUUGCUGAUGCGGUUACAUGCGCAAACAUCGAUUGUGCUCUAAAAGCCAUCCCGCGUGCUAUCCAACGUGAAUGUCACGACCCGAAUGAUUCUGAUUUCUCCAACAAAGCCGCCGCACUAAUGUUCCGCUUGAUCACCGAAUUCAUCAGCGGACGCCCUCGCCUCAUCCGCCUACGGAAAGCCUGCAAACAAGCCGGC